AUGGCUGGCCCGGCGUUACAGAUGAACCCUCAGAUGGAGCAGAUCCAUGGCGAAAUUCGCGAUACAAUCCGUGCCCUCGCAAAUGGCUUUCAAAAGCUGGACAAAAUCAAAGACUCGAACAGACAAAGCAAACAGCUUGAGGAACUUACAGGGAAGAUGAGGGAGUGCAAAAGACUGAUUAAAGAAUUUGAUCUUGAAAUUAAAGAAGAGGAAAGUAGGAAUCCUCCUGGGGUGACCAAGCAGCUUAAUGAUGAGAAACAAUCCAUGAUAAAAGAGUUGAACUCGUAUGUAGCUUUGAGAAAGACGUACAUGAGCACUCUUGGGGGUAAGAGGGUCGAACUUUUUGACAUGGGAAAUGGUUAUGAACCACAAGCUGAUGAGAAUGUUCGACUGGCAUCAGAAAUGUCGAACCAGGAGCUUGUUGAUGCUGGAAUGAAGACAAUGGACGAAACUGACCAAGCCAUUGAACGCUCCAAACAGGUUGUUCACCAAACUAUUGAAGUGGGAACACAAACUGCAGCUACUUUGAAAGGCCAAACCGAACAAAUGGCUCGCUUGGUAGAUGAGUUGGACAAGAUCCAGUUCUCUAUCAAAAGGGCAUCAAAACUCGUAAAGGAGAUUGGUAGACAG